AUGCAACAAGACUGCAGCGGCCUUUGUGAGCCCAGAAUCGAGCGUAAUCUCUUCUCACUGUCAACAUCCAACAAAGGCCGCAUCAUCGCGGAACAGCACAUCACAUGCUCCAACAGCCUGGCCGAAGACAGCUCUCCCGGACCGAGAUCAUUACAAUACCUGGGUUCUCAUCCCGCCCUCAAGGCUCCAGUACUGCAUCACAGGGGCAUCGCUUACACGGCAGCCUGUCACCGAGCCACUGAUGUCGACACCAUCGACAUCCCCCACCCCGCAGUCCCAUCAACGAGGCCGCCAGGCAGACGGCAAAGGCCCGUGGAUCCUCUAGCGUAA